CCCGGAAACAUCCUACUUCUGAAUUCAGCCGACAUUCUCUUGUGAAACCCAAGAUAUAUCAUGGAAGGGAAAAGAGACAAAUUGCGACAACGCGGGAAGAGAGUGGAGAACACACAAAUCACUUACAGAUUACUUUGGAGGUAGACGGAAAAGAUGUCAUCUUGGAUCUAACCUUGAAUAAGCAUUUGCUCCCCAAGGGAUUCUUCCACAAUUACCAACAGAAUGGACAAUACAAAAUCCACCAACCUAGUGUUCAGGAUGCGAACCUUUGCGAAUACAAUGGAAAAAUACGGGGCGUCCAGAAUUCUUGGGCGGCCAUAUCUACAUGCGACGGGUUAUCGGGCGUCAUCUUCGACGGCAGAGAGAUACACUAUAUCGAGAAGGGAAGCGAUCUGGAAGAAUCCGACAUUGAAUCGGAACAUUUUUUAUAUAGACACUCAGAUUUAGCGAAGCAUAACAAAUCUUGCGGAUACGGGGGUGAUGCUGUAGACCCAGAGAAAGGACACAUAGAUAACAGAAUUUUAAGGUACAAGAGAGACACUGACCAAAACGAAUUAGUUCGGGGACCUUACAAUGCCAACAAAGAAUCAAAAUACGUAGAAUUAGUCUUAGUAAUGGACAAUCUAGAAUACAAAGAAUUGGGGGAGAGUACAUCAAAAGUCAUCAAUCAUGCCAAAACAAUUGCGAAUAUAAUCAAUGCGCUUUACUCUCCUCUGAAUAUUUUUAUAGCUCUGGUAGGAGUAGUUAUAUGGACUGAAAAAGACGAAAUUGACUUUUCUUCUAAUGGCGAUACGACGCUCACAAAUUUUUUACAUUAUAGAAGAGAAGCGCUAAUCAAAAUUCAUCCCAAUGACAAUGCUCAACUGUUAACGAAAGUGAAUUUUGAUAAUGGCGUUGUCGGGAAAGCUCUCAAAGGACCUAUUUGUACUUACGAAUUUUCUGGUGGAGUCAACACGGAUCAUUCAACAGUAGUAGGACUUGUUGCCACUACCGUUGCCCACGAAAUGGGACAUAAUUUUGGUAUGGAACACGAUAACAACGAAUGCAAGUGCCCUGAAGACCGGUGCAUCAUGGCUCCGAGCAGUUCUACAGUGGCGCCUACUCACUGGUCCUCUUGUAGCUUGAACUACUUGCUGCAGGCCUUCACCCAAGGUAUGGACUAUUGCCUGAAGAACAAGCCGACGUCGCUGUUCGACAGUCCAGUAUGCGGAAACGGAUUCGUGGAACCGGGGGAGCAGUGCGAUUGCGGUAUGCCGGAACACUGCGACAACUUCUGCUGCAAUGCCACUACUUGCAUGCUGCACAGCAAUGCCAGCUGCGCCACUGGAGAAUGUUGCGACCUUACGACAUGCUUGCCGAAAGGCGCAGGAACUCUUUGUAGGAGCGCAGAUUACGAAUGUGACUUGCCGGAAUACUGUACGGGCCAAUCAGAAUACUGCCCGGCUGACAUCUUCAAGUUGGACACUGAAGUUUGUGACGGAGGCAAGGCCUACUGCUAUCACGGUUUUUGCAGGACGAGGACGGACCAGUGUAAGCUGUUAUGGGGCGAAACGGGAAAGUCAAGCGACGAUCAAUGUUACUUGAUGAACACCAAAGGGACGCAGUUUGGGAAUUGCGGUUACAAUAGGCUGACACAGUCUUAUUACAAGUGUUCGAACGAGAGUGUUCUGUGUGGCAUGUUACAUUGCAAACAUUUGAACGAAAGGUUGGAAUUCGGAAUGGAAUCUGUAUCUAAACUGUCGCAUAGUUUCAUCAACAAGAAGGGUUCCAUAAUUCCCUGUAGGAAUGCGAUAAUAGAUUUAGGGAUCAACCAGGUUGAUCCUGGACUGACUCCUGAUGGAGCUAUUUGCGGAGAAGACAAGAUGUGUGUCAACCAGAAAUGCAUGUCUGUCUCCAGCUUGCGAAAGGCAGGCCCUUCGUGUCCAGAAGAUUGCAACGGUAACGGUUGGUGUAACAGCAAAGGUCACUGUCAUUGCAAAGAUGGGUUUGCUCCACCCCAUUGUGACUAUCCGGGACCGGGAGGAUCGAUGGACAGCGGACCUGCAUCAGAUCCUAAUGCUCGCCAAGGCAUAGUCGCGGCUCUCUUCAUCAUCUUCCUGGGCAUAGUACCGCUGCUGGCUAUCAUAGCACUGCUGUCCUACUACGCCCGCCACAACUUCAAGUUCGGUUGGAAGAAAUCCUCUCCGACUACGACCAAAUCGCCGAACAAAUCCAGAGGGCCGUCCUUCCCCACAGAAACUGCCAAACGAACCGAAGACAAUCACUCCCUCCUGCGCGAAGAUUCACCGCCUCCCAUCGGAUUUUCGAGCGCGUUUUUCGGCAACUUCAAAGGCUUCUCGAUCACCCCUAACAAGUCCGAACCGGCUCCGGUAAGGGCUGCUCCUCCUCCACCUGCGGUACCACGAAGUAGCGCUCCCCUAGCCAAGACACCGGAGGUGGGUUGUUCCAAGUCCAGUUUUUUUGAUAAGCCCAUCCAGAAGUACAACUCUUUCCGGAAUAGUAAAGUCACGAACGGGAUAGCGGCGGGGGCAGGUGCCCCCGCGUUGCCACCACCCAAUCCGGGCAGCCACCCCAGGCCGAUAAUAUCAUCGCCGGUGCUGGAAAAUUCGACGUGCACCGCCAAGGAGCUGAUUUCCCCGCUGAGGAACGCCCCCAAGUUACCUAUACGAGCGGCUCCAGAAGCUCCUGUUGUUGUCCCUGUUUCCCAGACGACAGAACCCACGUCCAGCACAGUUUUGUCCGUUAAAAUCACAGAGGAGCCCAAGAAACUACCUAAGGAAGGUAAUACCGGUACGUUGAACAGAAUCACCUCGUUUCUUAAACCUGCCGAUAAAAAAACGGUUGCUCGGUCGGAUUCCACGCUCAAACGUAAUCAGGUAAAGGCCAACAAGGUUCUGGACAAGGACGCUCUGAGAGCUAUGAAGAUUUCAGACCCGAUCCCGCAAACCAACAUUGAAAUCGCCAUAACCGCUUUGCCUGUGGAGCAGGAAUCCACCAAGUCUGUCGUCAUGCGAGCUCAAAGCAUGAGAGCUCCAAAAGACUCGCCCAGGCCUAACAUACAGACUUUCGGAUCCAUGCGGCAGCCUAGCGGAUUCAAGAGGCCUCUCAGUAUACCGUCCGCUAGCCGGCCGAAGAGCCCCCCGCCUCCAAGACCUCCUGGGGACAAGACCCAGAGUCAGUACGAUGAUUGUCUGAACAAAGCAGCCCCUCUGGGUAGGCUGAGCGAGACUAGUCCUUCGGGAGACAAUAUUUAUGCCGUUAUACUGGAAAAUCCAGUGUCUCCUCCACAAGAUCAGCAGAAGCCUUCCAGCAACUCCGGUUCCAGCGAGAACAUGGGCCUUUUGGGGGAGAUUGUGUCGGAGAUACAAAACCGCAACUUCGACUCAAUAUACUCUACCUCCACGCUAGCGCGCAAGAAGAAGGAAGCAGAGGACAACAAGAAGAAGGAGCAGGACAAAGUGCUAACGCCUCCUGAUUCGGAGACCUACGUCAACACGGCCUCUCUGCUGUAUUCCGACAGCGAGUACAGCAACAUGAGCGGCAACUUGAAGUCCAGCGCUAGCUCCACGUCGAGCGGUUACAUCCUGCCGUCGGCUGUUAACGUUCCGGUGAAACCUGUUGAGAAACCCAAGGACGAGAGGCCUAAGUCUGGAGUCAGCUCGUUCAAGGUGGACAACGCGAAGCCUUUUGCUUCGACCUUCGCCAGGCCGCAGGGUCCGCUAGCCUCGAACUACAAGGCGGGGGUUAAGAAAGUGGAAACGUCGCCUGAGAGGAGUAAGCUGAAGACUCCCCCGUCCCCGACGAAACCUGCGCCGAAACCAAUCAACAGGCAGAUCACGCCUCCGAAUCUGAGGACGCGGAAGCCUUCUCCGUCGAGAGCAGCGCCCCCGGUGCAGAAAUCCAACCGGUCUGUCACCAACAGUCCGGAUCUGGUGACUAGUUGCAAUUCUAACCCCGCUUCCAAACCCCCGGACGUCCUGGGCGGGAAUCCGGUCAUGAAGAAGCCCUCCAUAGCUAGUGUGAAGCCCAACGUGAACUUACCUCGAGCCCCUUUGAAGGGUAGUGUGAAAACGGCAGGGAUCAAGUCGGGGCAAGAUAAAAAGAGUGACUUGGUGAAGACUCCGACUGCUGGGAAAGUUAUUAAAACCAACAGCUCUGAUGUGGUGAGCUCGAAGACUCAGGUAGGAGUUAGGAAGGCAGCUAGGUCUUCAUCGAAUGUUGCGUCUCUGCAGCAGAAGUUCGAGACAAAGAGUGAUGGGGAUGGUGCUGUGAAGGCGAAAACGUGAAGACAUUGUCGGAACCUGAUGCGAGGUUUGAAAGGUUUUUCGAUGUAUUGUUCGGGGGUUCCAUUGUUCAUGUUUUUUGGGGAUUUUCUGUUGAUGAUGUAGAUUUUGUGCAUUUGGAAGAAUGAGGAAAUGUAAAGGUGCUAUGCGAAUGUCUUUCUUGUGGAGAGAAUGUUGGGUUUUCAAUGUCAAAAUGACAGCUUUUUUUUAAUUGAAUUUUUUCCCUAUUACAUACAUUAUAAAUUUUCUCAGCUUUAUUUCUCCUCCACUCUCAUAUCUAAAAGUACCUCUCUGCUUCUUGAGGGACUGUCAAAAAAUGCGGUCAAAGGUUCUUCAAAGUAUUCAUUGCAGUGCAUUUAAAAUUCAAUUUCUUGCUGUAUUUUUGUAGUGAUUUUUCAGCAUUUCAUUCGAUGCUUCAUCAAUCUCGUGAUAAAAGUUCAAAUUCAAAAUAAUUGAAGACUUGAGACAAAAAAUCAUCAGCAUCGACUUAUUAUUUAUUCAAAAGUUCAUCUGUUGACAAGAAAGAGAUGAAUCUUGUAGUAAUUUUAGUGGGUUAUUUAGUCUCACAGAUGUGACUGAUUUAAAGGGUUGAUCAUUCUCUAAGCCCCAUCAAUAAGAACCGAAGAAAGUGAAAAAAGAGGUGUUUUUGGUUCCGAUAUGAGAGGGGUC